CUGUCUGUCCAAUGACGUCACGUCCAAAAACAAGAUGGAGGUUUAGGAAACGAGUCGAACGUGUCUUCGACAAAACUUCUGCAUUUUCUGCAGAAAUUUCGACCUUAAGUCGACAUUUCACGGCAACUCAGGCGUCUAGUGAUGUCCGACGAGGGAAUAUUAAUCGACUUCGGCAGCGAGAGCGGUCCUAGCCCGCCCGUAGCGGGUCAAACCGCCGGCGGAAGUGCCGCGGUCGGUGCGAGCCAGGUUUUCUUGGGCGCUUCUGACACCAGUAGAAAAGCUGAGACGCCGCCGACAAAUCUUCUAGACGACUUCGGGUUUGAGACGGCUCCAAGCGCCAUGCCUGGCCCCACUGGGUCUUACCAAGACUUCGAACCAGACGACGAAGAUAUGCAGAAAGCAGCCGAACGAGUCAGACAGAGGCGACACAAGAGCAAGAGAAAACAAGAACUUGAAGAAGCUGCUCGGGAGGCAGAAGGAGGAGCGAUCGGUACCAUCCCCCGCCCCACAGACCUGCCCCUCCCCCCUGCACCCCCCGCCCCGGUGGCACGACCCAUCCCUGUGGAAGACUUCAGCGAUGUGGCCAAGCAUUCCAUAGUGGAGCUGGCUGGCGAUGACAGCUAUGGUAGGAAGGUCAUCAUCUUCAGCUGCUGUAGAUUACCUACCAGUAAGGAGCUGGACCAUCAAAGACUCCUGGGGUACCUACGUCAGACCCUGGACCAGUAUGUGGAGAAUGACUAUGUGCUGGUGUACUUCCACUAUGGACUCAACAGUCAGAACAAGCCCAACUUCAAAUGGCUCAUCCAAGCUUACAGAGAGUUUGACAGAAAGUACAAGAAGAAUUUGAAGGCCCUGUAUAUCGUCCAUCCAACCAACUUUAUCAAGAUUCUGUGGAAAAUCUUCAAACCCAUAAUUAGUGUGAAGUUUGGGAGGAAGAUCAUGUAUGUGAACCUACUGAGUGAGCUGAAGGAACAUCUGUACUUCGAUCAGCUGGAGGUCCCACAACCUGUACUAGAACAUGACAAGAGACUGCUGGAGAGGAACAAGCCGAAAUCUUCGAGUACGUUUUACCGUCAGUCCCCCGACGCAACAGACGAGCAACCUCGCCCAACGCAACAGUUUGGAGUCACCCUAGAAUUUCUGAAGAUCCACAACCAUGGAGAACCUCUACCUAAAGUCAUGCAAGAGACAACGGCGUAUCUCAGGCAACAUGGUGUGGAGGUGGAGGGAAUCUUCAGAAGAUCUGCCAAUGCGAAGAUGGUGAAGGAAGUGCAGAAAAUGUACAACGAAGGUAGGACAGUGAACUGGAUGGAGCUGGGUGAUCCACAUCUCGCGGCGGCCAUCUUGAAGACAUUCCUCCGUGAGAUGCCCGAACCACUGAUAACCUUCCAACUGUACGAUGAAGUCAUGAGAAUACACGGAGAGUUGGAUGGCAAUGACAGACUGAUGGCCACUAAAGAACUGAUCAGUGGGAAGCUGCCUGAACUCAACUAUGUAGUCCUGAAGUAUCUGGUGGACUUUCUGGAGGAGGUCAUUCUGUAUAGUGAAGAAAACAAGAUGACCGCCCAGAACCUGAGUAUCGUGUUCGGACCCAACCUCCUCUGGUCGACCAAUCAGGCGGCUUCGCUGACGUCGCUAGGACCAAUCAACAUGUUCACCCUGAGAUUGUUGGAACACCAUCAAGAACUGUUCAUCAGGGAUUGGGGCACUUCUCCCUAGGUCAUAACGUUGGGCAGUCUUGUUGUUUUGUUUAUUUGUUAGUUUACUUGGACAUGUAGUAGGAUUUGACCACGGUGAUUUAAC